AUGAACCAGGAUACAGAAAUGGAGAAAUUGUCUCCUCGUCCAGAGGAUCCCAAUCGAUCCUCCUGGUACACAAAUGACACAACGUCAGAUCACUCGUAUGCACAAUCCACAAUCCACAGCCAUGACGAUGUAGCCAUCAAUAUGAAAUCAUCGCCAUCGCUUGUACAUAGACAAUCUUUCCAUAAACUAGACUCCAGCGAAGACGCCCAAAACGAAAACUACAUGCUGACUGAAUCAUCCUCAUCGCGUGCGAUACCCAAUACAUCAUUAGUAGCAGAGCCGAAGGAAGCACCUGCUGCUGCUGCUGCUGCUGCUGCUGCUGCUGUUCCACCCACAAAGCCAAGUUUAUGGACACGAUUCAAGUCAUCACUACCGACAUUUACCCAAUUCAGAAAGACAAUCAAAGCUUCGAUUGCUCUGUUAAUUGCUAUGGUGUUUGUCUUUGCUCUUGAAACUCGUGAAGCUAUUGGAAGUUCUGUUCUACUGGUGGCCAUUGUCACCAUCUUUUUCUUUCCAGUGAGAACCAUUGGUAUUCAAACAGAGGCAGUAUUCUUGGGUGUUUUUGGUGGCCUGCUAGCAACAGCAUGGAGUUUUCUAGGUGCAUACCUUGCGAGUCUUGCUCGAAAUCAUUCUGACCCGAACCCCAUUCAACCAGGUGCCUGUGCAGUUUUAGCCGUAUUUUUGUUCUUGGGGACAUUUGUCUUGAAUAUCAUUCGCAUGAAGGUGCCUAAAGCAAAUUUUGGAGCUGUUAUUGCAUGCAUUGUAUUGUCAUUCACUAUGACGUAUUCAGCAGGCUAUGCGCCGAUGGUACCAGCGAUUAUAUGGCUAUUUUUACGACCUGUGGCAGUUGCUGGAGCCAUCUGUUUAGCUGUUAAUUACUUGAUUUGGCCAGACGACAGUAUCAACAAUUUUUUGGGCAUCACACGAAAAACGCUUGCAGGCUACAAUACGUUUUUCAAAGAGCACUCGGAAGCAUUUCUCUCCUGUUCACAGGCAGCAGAAAAGACAUCUCUUCCCUCGCUCAACGCGCGUCUCAAGAAUGGCGUAUUGUUGAUGAUUGAAUGCAAGCGAGCUGUCAAACGAGAAAUCAUCUAUUCACGUAUCUCUGAUGUGGAUUGCAGCGAGCUAUCCAAAAUGGUGACCAACAUGCGAAACUCACUGCAUGGCGUAGGAUUGGCUUUGAUCAUGAAGAACAACUACAUCUAUUCCGAUACAAAAAACAUUUACUUUAAACGAUUCAACGAGCCUGCCAUUUUGGACGCAUUUCGAACAUCGGUUGAAGGACUCAAGCCUCUUGCGGCAGAAUUAUCCAGCUUAUGUUACGCUGCUACCAAUGAAGCCUCGACUCGACUGGGCAACCUCCACUAUCAUCCACGAACAACACUCAACAGUAUUCUCUGGCCAUUUCCUCGAUUUUGGGUCUCCAAACCUAAAGGCCCUAUCACUGCAAUCAACACAGCACCAUCCACCACAUCAGCACAACUGCAUGAACUGAUCCAGCGCUUCGACCAAGUAAGCAAGAGCGACAAGGUGUUUCGAAAGUUUUUGAAUAUGAAUGCUGCAGACAUUCCUCGCAAUGGACCGCUUUAUCUCAUCUUUCUGUACAUUUACAAUCUGCGAGAACAUGCUACAAAGGUCGCUGAAUUGAUCGAGUUGAUUGAAAGAUUGGAAACAGAAAGAAAGAAGGCUCGAUUUUGGCUUCCCCAUCAAACUCUCAAGAGGUGGAUCAUGUCAAAUAGCAAUGUUGGUGGAUCUGUGGGAGCGGAUGAAGGUGAAUAUCAAAACCAAGGCGGCAAUGAUUUGACUCGUGUAGCUACUCGUGGUGACAACAGAACGAGCACGGAGGAUUCGAAUGGCGAUCUUUUUGAGCCCAAGCCCAGCCAUGCAGACAAACUUGGAGAUCCAGAUGUGUCAGCACCAGUAACAGCCACUCAAAAGUUCUUUUAUGGCUUGUACCUUGUUGGACAAUGGCUCACUGAUACCACAACAUUCUUUGCUUUCAAGACUGCCGUUGGUGUGGUGAUGUUGGCGAUUCCAGCCUACCGGCCUCAAGAUCACACUUGGUAUAUGGAUUGGAGAGGUCAAUGGGCCAUGAUUACGCUUGUUCUUUGGAUGUUUCCAAUGACAGGUGCUUUUAUUUUUGGCUUAAUUGAUAGAAUCAUUGGAUCCGUUGUAGGCGCUGUUCUGGGCAUCGUGAUUUGGGAAAUGUGUCGGGGCAAUCCUUAUGGCAUGGCUGUUGUUUGUUUCGUCGUAUUUCUUCCAUUGUAUCAUGUGUUCUUCUUUGUGCCUAAAUACAGAGUUGCUUCAUUGAUGAGCACAGUGACCAUGCUGUUGGUGGUAGCGUAUGAAUAUGGAUACGUUGUUGGGGGACUCACAAACUACGAUCAAGUAUAUACGGUGGCAGGAAAGCGUCUAUUGCUGGUGAUUAUCGGUAUUGCUGCUUCAGGUAUCUUGAUAUCUAUUCCAUUUCCUCCUACUGGCCGUGUUGAAUUGCGAAAGGAAAUUUCUUGUACCAUCCGAGAUAUUGGUAAAUGCUUUGGUAUUCUCUGCGCUAGUGCUGUUUCUCCUACUGGCCAAAAAGCUGGACCUCAUGUAGCCAAAGCAUUUGGAGCACUUGCUUUAGAGCUUCGUCGUCAAGUUGCAGAUGAGCGAACACUGCUUCAUCAUGCUUCUUAUGAACCUCCUCUUCGCGGAUACUUUCCUGCUGCAAGUUACAAGACUCUUGUUGAAAAGAUGGAUAAUAUGUCUGAUCUCGUGACAAACAUGGGGCUCGCUUUGAGAGAAGUCCAAACAGAAUGGAGAAAAAGCAUUGGGUCCAUUCUAAUGAGAGAAAGAAAAGAAUAUCUCUCCUCCAUCUUGACCAGCUUGAAGCUUAUAUCUACUACACUUGCAGCAAAAUCGUCACUACCACCCUACAUGAUAUCGCCUGUCGAAUCAAGACAGAGAUUUGUAAACCUCCUAGAAAAGAAAAUCAUGAUUGAACCCAAAGACAUUGCAAAUCCAUCCUUCCCAUGUUACAGUGCCUAUUUAAUGAACAGUUUGGUGUUUGUGGAUGAGCUGCAAACAGUGUUGACUGUAACUGAAGAUCUUGUUGGCGUUGAGGAUCCAGAAGAUUGGAUUGUUUCUCGUGUAUAA